GUUAAAAGAUGACCCGCGGUUGCACACUCUCUUGUAGUGAACCCGUAUAAUCUCAGAGAAGUUGUCUGAGAGAAGUUUACUCGCUGCAACCCAAAUGCACGUGAGCAGACUAACUAUAUAUAUCACGCUGUAGGCCGUCAUGGAGAGAGAGUCGGCCGUCUUGCAUGGUGCUUUCCUGCUGUCUGACAAGCUCAGUCAUCCUGCCUCUCUGUCGCUCCUUCCUAAAUCUGACUGGAGCCGGGUGGGACAGCCCAUCCUCAAGGCUCUGGAAGAAAUCACUGGUGUUCCUCAGAGCAGCAACUCCUCCCGCUGGACCAAGAAACUGCUCACUGCUGUUUGGUUGAAGGUCCUCUGCAGGGAGAACGAUGAGGAUGUGGAGACAUCAUGGAGGGAGAAUCCUCUGUUCGCGCUGCAAAACGGUCUCCCGGAGGUGAACCACGUGGUCCUGAUGGAGCUUGUAAAGUCUCUGUCAGCUGCUGACGUGUUUGUUCAGCUUCUGCUAUGUCUCCCUGAUGGUGACGUCUGUGUGGAUCUGGAGAGGAUGGCUCAGCACGUGCUUCAGAGCCCAACCAGCGAACAGGACGUUUGCCUCUUUCUGGACGUGUGGUGGGCACUGUGGAAAGGCAGGAGCACGCGGGCAGACGGAGAUGGAAGCAUGGAAGAGGUGUUCACUUCGCAGUUUGCUCUACUUACUCACAAGCCAUCUGGUGGCACCUCUCAGGCCGCAAAAAGGAUACGACUGGACUCGUCCCUGCCGUCAGCCCCAACUCUGGAUGUCCUCCACAUCUUCUUCCAAACACUUAACAACAUGAAGAAGGAUGUCUGCUCCUCAGACCUCUGCCUCACUGCGCUCUCCAUUUGUCUGGAUGUUCUCUACACUUCAUUCCUGAUCAAAGACGCAGUUGUACUUCCUGUGAAGAAGAAGCUUUCCUUCCUGACUGCAGCUGUCAGAGAAGUGAAGAACCAGAAUCCACAGUUGAUUCAGGAGCUUCUGUGUGACCUCAGCACCGCUCACAGACCUGCUCGGUUUCAGUCCAAGCAGGUGACAUUUUCUGAAGGCUUGAAGAUAGUCCUGGAGCUGCUUCAUUUUUGGCUCCAGAGUGGACUUCUGACCGUCACUGUGCCCAGUUGUUCAGCAGUCAAACUGCAGCACAGUGUUGACAGGAUCUUGGAGGCACUGGAAGAGCCUCAUGACACUACAGGUGUGGAUUUGGAGACAUUUAAAGACCUCCUGAAUUCACUUAGGUUUCCUGCCAUUGAGAACAACACUGAGGUAAGCAUGGCUGUGGCCAUCAGCAUCAUCAGCCACCGCCUGGACGACUACCACGGCUUUGCUCAGGCGUUUGCUGCGGAGGAGAGCUGGGCAGACUGUGAGGAUGGCUGGAUAGACUGUCUGGAACAGAACCGAGCAGCUUUCCAGCAGCAGGACACGGUGGUCAACCUGGUCACCACCGUCUCUGCCAAACUCGGCAGUGCAGGUGUGAGCCAGUGCAAGAGGAUGCUGAAAGUGGUUACGGACAUCUUCUCCAUGCUUCCACUGGAGGAGAAGAACAAGACUCUGGCGGCUGUAACAAGAGUGUCCAGCAAGGGAUUUUUCAGAGAACCAGUCCCUUCUGUCCUCUCUGAGGCCUUUGAAAAGGAACUCAACAUGGCAUUCAACUGCAUGAUUCAGGGAGGAGGAGGAGGAGCCAAGGCAGCACAAGGCAGCCUGGACACGGCCGUGUCUUUAGUCGCCAGAGUGGCCUUCCAGAACCCAGAGGCUGCGGUCCGGUCCUGCUGCCAGGCGGCUGUUUUCAACAAAGGAGCCUUCGUGUUGAUGGCCAGGAUCUUGCAGAAGCUGCCGGGACUCCGGAGGAGCAGAGACUCUGAGGAUGUUGUUGGUGGUAGUUUACUCUGCUGGUGCCUGCAGGAGACCAUCGGGUCCAGAUCCAUGACUGCUGGUGAGAAAGAGCAGCUGGUCCAGUUCCUCACCCUGUUGAUGAGACCAGGGGAGGAUGAGGAGGAAGCCUUCGUGUCCCCUCAGGAGCUGGUCAACACUUUCGUGCUCCCAAACAUCUCAGGCUCAGGGGACGCGUCGGUUGAUCUGGAGCUCAGCCUCCAGCUGCUCGACUCAGCUCUUCACCCGGAGGUGGCGCGCCCUUGCUGGCUGCUGGAAUGCUGUGCCUUCCCUCUGCUCUAUGUUCUGGCACAGCUGCAGCAUCAGACGCUCAGGUGGUGGGAGAAGCCACCAGAGGGCGCUAACCGUCACUGGUCCAUGGAUAGUAAGGAGCUGGUGGGGUCGUUGCUGAGCAGGCUGGCAGAGCUGGUGGGUGCAGAGGCUGAGGCGGACCCCAGCAGCUGCUCCAGAGCCUUGUUCUGGCUGCACCACAAGGUGGAAGCUCUGGACUGGACCGUCAGCCUCCUGCUCAAGCCUGUAUGGAGGGAGCACUUUAAGAACGAGGUGCCCUCGUCUCUGCUGGCUGUGUGUGAGUUACCGGAGCAGGAGUGGUCUGCUCUUGAAGUGCCCCAGUACGGCCCUGGUACUGGCCUCCUGGCCUGGAUGGAGUGCUGCUCUUUGUCAGACUCCCUGCAGUCCACCAUGCUGUCUACUCUGUCCCUGGACCAGCGCCAGGCGGGCCACCUCAGCAUGUUCAGCAAAGGUGUGUUGGUGGCUCUGACCCAGGUCCUGCCCUGGUGCACGGCCUCUCAGUGGAGCCGACUCCUUGGUGCCGUGAAGGAGCUCAUCUCCUCCGGUCGCCUACAUGUUCCCUUCUCACUGGAGUACGUGGACUUCCUGCCGCUGCUGGACCUGAAGAGCUUUUCCUGUGAGCUCUGCAUGUCAGUCCUCCUGCUGCGGGUCUUCCAGCUGCUGUGCGGCUCCAGCUGCAGCGGCUGGCUGGAGGCCGAUGGCUGGGCUCAUGUGGGAAGGUUGUACGCUCUGGCUGUGAGGGACAUGAUCAACUCGCUGAGAGUCAAGCUACCUGUGGUCCCCUCACCCACCCCUGCAGCCGGAGAGGAGAGGAGCCAGGAAGUUCUGUUUGUGCUCAGCCAGCUCUUCUGCCACGUCCAGCACAUCCAGGUGAUGAUGCCGGGGGGUCAGUGCGAGCCCCUUUUCCUGUCCAGCUUGGAGAUCAUCAGUCACUAUGAGGCCGUCAUGGCCGCCUUUCCCACCUGCUGCAGCUCACUGCAGAGCCUGAACACACAGCACUUCCUCUCCACCAUCACUGACAAUCUGGAAAACCAGGAGAUGAAGACAGUACUGCAGCAGAAGAUCGCUCAGCUGGUGUCCUCCCCCAGCUAACCUUUGAAGCACUUGCUCAUGUUGUUAAAAAGAUACUAAUAAA